GGCCGCGAGGAGGAGCCGAGCCGCCGCUUGGCGAGGCCGCCCGCCGCCGGGAAGGAGGACGGACUGCUCAGCCGGGCCUCGCGGCCACCACCCCACUGUCACCCUGGCGCUGCGUUGUUUGGAUGGCGUGUUCCUUUCUCCCAUGGAGAAUGACUUUGUCGACAAGAUCAUGGAGGAACUGGACCACUUCCUGGUUCAGAACCAGCUGGAAAAGGUCCUCUUGUUUCCUCCUCUGUCCAGUCGCCUGAGAUAUUUGAUCCACCGAACCGUUGAUGACGUUGAUCUCCUGAGCAGCUUUUCUGUCGGAGAAGGGUGGAGGAGGAGGACAGUGGUCUGUCAUUCGGCAGUCAGGUUGCCUGAUGAGCCAGAUGACCCCAAUGGUGCUGUUGAAGCCUCCUACUACAGCCACCCUCCCCAUGCAAGAAGCAGAGGGAGUCGAUCCAGAGGAGGCCCACGGCAGAUAGAAACCCUGGCCAACAGUUCCCAAGCCCGAAGAGGAAAUGGCCGGGGUAGAAGGCAGCCCCAGAAAAAGCCAGACAGAGCCCUCUAUGUCCCCAGGGCAAUGCGGAAGAAGCCAGAGGGCUUGGGACAAGGUGGCUCCACAGAAGCAUUUGAGAGUGAGUUGCAUUCUUUGGGCAGCAACAAGGAGGAAUGUCAAACAUCCAGGGCCACUUACCGUAGUGAAAGGAGUACAGAUGGAAGCAGGUUAUCCAGCAAGACUGAAUGUGAAGAGGCCAAAAGCCACCCGAAGGAAAGACGUUCAAAUGUGGAGUCUGGUAAUGAAGGUGGUAAAGGUGCCCUGGGGUGCCCAGAUUCCCCUCUUUUGAAGGACGCACCCAGUGCAUCUGACCUGGAAAAGCAAGAUAAUGUGCAGCAGGUCCUGUUGGCAUCAAAAAGUAGUCCAAACCUAACUGAAAUGGGUACCCACUAUAAAGACGGUAGAAAUGUUUUGGUCCCAGAAAGCUGUGAAAGCUCCAGUCUUCCAGAAGGACUGAUGGAACCUUCUGUUGAUGCUCUUUCAAAACCAAGUGGACAUUCACCUUUGUCAGAAGGCGAAACGUGCAGAGCUCCAGAUGUCCAGGAGUUGGACACAAAACCACCCAUUCUGGAAGAUACAGAUAACAGCUGCCAGGAUUCCAUUCCGUUGGAAAGUGGGACAUUCCUGUCCCUUUCUGAAAACAGUGGGACAGAUGUUUCAAACGCUCUCCUGUUGAAAUCUAGUAAGGACUUCCCCCUCUUGCAAAAUAAGCAUGGGACAUGUGCUUGUGCCAAUGGAGGGGAGGAGUGUAAGCUGCUCCCAGACCUGGAAAGGAGAACUGUAGAUGCCUCCAAGGACAACACUGAGUUGCCAGUGGAAACCCAAACUAAAGUUUGCACUGUUGCACUUCCAUCAGAAUGUGGCCAAACCCAGGCAUCCGGAGUCAUUCAGGAGGACUUACUGGGGCAGGUACCAUCUCCUGUACUGGAUAGCGGCAAAACUCCAUCUCUGCUUAAUCCUCAGGCUGAACCCUACUUGCAUACCUCUGUCUCCAAUCCCAACAAAGCCAAGGUGCAAUUUGAAAGCCAGAAGAAAGAGUCUGUAGGCCUGGAGGGGCACCGGUGGCCUGGGGUGGAGCUGUCUGCUGGGGAUAGAAGCAUGGGCAUUUCUUCAGCAGAAGAAAAGAGCAGCAUCUUUGAAGAUGACUGUGGGGCUGAACUCCUGCAAGAGAUCACAAAUUAUUUGACCAUAAAGGACAUAAGCAUUGAGAAAAUUCAGUUUGAUUAUUCUGGUUACGGGGAGGCACAGAUCAACGAGGGAGAUUUUGGCCAUGUGCUAGAGAUCUAUGAUUUUUCACCUUCGCUAAAAACAGAGCAUCUGCUAGAGGCCUUUGCAGACUUCCAAGAGAGUGGAUUCAAGCUUCAGUGGGUUGAUGACACUCAUGCCCUCGGGGUCUUUUCCAGUUUGGCAGCAGCAUCCCAAGCAUUAGAACAGAGCUAUACCUCCAUCAAGAUCCGGCCUCUGAUCCAUGGUACAAGGCAGUCGAAAAUCAAGGCGCUUCAGCGGCCAAAGCUCCUUCAGCUGGCUAAAGAAAGACCCCAGACAGAUACAGCAGUAGCCAGAAGGCUGGUGACCAGGGCAUUAGGAUUACAGCGCAAAUGUCAGCACAAUUCAGACUGCCAAGGACUGGGAUCCGCAACCACCAACCUGCCAGAUUAAAACCAGACUGGUUUGAGUGACUUGGGGUGGCAUUAAAACAAUGUACACAACAGUGUGAUGAUGGCAGGUCUCAUCUGUUCUUUUUGGUUGUGUUGUGUUCUUGUUUUUUGAAGUAGCGACAGGCUGGUGGUAAUAACGACUGGAGAUGUUAGAACUGGGAACAUUCCCAAGUUGGUUAAUCAAUUGGAACUGAUGGAUGGGAACGGAGGCUGAUCUGUAAAGGCACCACAAGGGGGCACUGUAGCACCAGAGGAGAGCUUCGUCAGCUGUUUCAAAAUAUUGCCAGAAACACCUUGAUGAACACCUUUUGUUAGCAUGGAAACGAUAUGGCUGAUUAAUGUUUGUAAUCUAUUCUUAAACCUCUCUGAAAAGUUGGCUGGAACUAGCAUCUCAUUCCUGUCAAGAGAUAGAAUUAAACUUCUUUCAACUGGUAUCAAACGUU